AUGAAUUCUUGGCCCAAGUCUUGGCCCCUGCAGAAAUCUUCUCAGACCCUUCAAGGACUGGGAUAUGCAGAAACACCCCAGAUGAGCGCAAAAGAACUAACCUGGUACACCGAUGAGGGACAGAAGGGAAAAAUACAGCCUUUUGUAUUGGCAGUACCAAUCAAUUUGUGGGGUCGGGACAUUCAGUCCCAGUUGCGCCUCCGUCUGACUAAUGACUAUUCGGAGGCUAGUAAAAAUAUGAUGAAAAUACAAGGCUUUGUCCCAGAACAGGGACUGGGAAAAUUCCUCCAAGGACGUCCAGACCCAAUCAUCCCAAAAGAAAAGUUGGGCCGCUCUGGAUUGGGUUUUUCCUAG